GACCAUAUAUAAAUAUAACACACAAACAAUUCGAAGCACAGCCACAUCCAACCCAAAGAUUGAAAAACCAAGAAAAAGGAAAAAUAUAGACUCCAUCAAUCGAAACAUGGGCAUGAUGGAAACCUCUCCCAUCACCAUAGCUCCUUUGCUAAUAAGAAACAUAGCAACCGCCAUAUUUAUCUUUGCUGAUAAAUCCCUUGUUGCCUUGGCCCAGAAACACAAACUUCUUGAACAUAUUCGUUAUCUUCUUGUCACUUCUUUUCUCUUCUUUCUACGUUUACUUCCUUCUCUAUUCCCUUCUUUAAACCCUAGUUCUGAUCACCAAGAUCAUGAUAAUAUUCAGUACCAUCAUCUUCAGCCACUCAAGAGUGCAGACUACUUGCCUUCAUCAGGUUAUGGAGAUUCAGGUAUUGCUCGAGCACUCACACAGCUACUGUCAAUCGUUAAUGAUAUUCCGGUUAGCUCAAGAAAGUAUGAAAUAGUCAGAUCAUUAGCUGAGAAGGUUGUAGAUGAUAACCAUGGAGAAAAUAAUGAGGCCUUACGCGAGGUCAACCGUGGGGUUUUAUCAGCGGCUUUUUCAAGGACACUUAGCCAGCUUGAAGCCGCCAUGAUGGAGAUAGCGCAUGACGGGAGUGAAAAUGGCGGCUCAAGGACUGGACCGGUCAAGGGUCGCUUGAACCAGAUUUUAAAGGCUGUUAGGGUUGUCGGGGAUGGGAGUUGGGCCCGGUCUGGUAGAGGUAGAGAAGGAGCGGACCGGUCCGAGGAGAAGUUGGCGGCUGAGCUGCUUUGGUUGGGUCAGAAAUUGUCAGCUUGUGGAUGUGGGGAGGAAGCUGUUCGGAGGUGGGCUUCGGCUUCAAACUUGGCUAGGCUUGCUCUCUCGGCAGAGGCUCGCCUACAAGGUUCGCUGGUGAAAGUCUCAGCCUUCCUGUUCAAACAAGCCAGAGAAUUGGGACUUGAUGAAGCUGGAGAAGGCCAGAGGGAGUGUACACAACGACAAACAAAGAUGAAGAUGCUGAUGUCCUGGCUGCCAUUGCUAUGCAGAGCAAGCAAUGGCACUGAUGCACCUGUUCUCAGCAUGAGAGAAAGGGCUGAGCUAGAGAUAGUAUUGGAAGAGAUGAUAGACAUGCUGGAGCACGAAGAAGAGCAGGAGCAGGUCUUGUCUUUGUGGCUACACCACUUCACAUAUACUCCAUCUUCUGACUGGCCUAACCUCCGUGCCUCUUAUGCUAGAUGGUGCACUGCUUCUCGUCAGCUCUUACUUCUCAAUUGAAAUUGGUAAGCACGUAGUAUUAUUUAGAUUUUCGUCUGUGUAAAAUUAACAAAUAUUGUUCAGAUGAAUAAAAUUAUCUGCAGUAUUAUUUAGUACAAAUCUGGUUUCCUGCUAGACCAGCCUCCAUCAAAAUAGCUGUUAAACAAGCAUAA